AUGCCUUUGAAAUCUGGAAAAGAGCCCUACGCGUUUGGUGCCUACCCUGCCGCGGACCGGUCCAGAUUCCGGAUAUUCCUAGCGCUCGCAUUCACUUCGGGGCUGGGCUUAUACCUUUAUUCUUAUUCACAUCGACCCAUUCCUCAUGAGAUGGUGCGCCGACCUGUUGAGGGCGCUAAGCAGUCCCUGAACUGGACUGAUGAUCUGAGUCAAGCAGACAGUUCGCGUUUGCCCCACACCGGUGCAUCCACAACGGAAGAUGCCGUUGAAGCCGGCAUGUCCAACGUGAACAACACAUACACCCCUGAAGAAUUGAUGAGUCUGCCUAUACUGCAUCACACUUUCAAAGACCCAUUCGAUCGGCGGAACGGGUUCAAACCUCUCCGGGAUUCCCACACCCCAUGGCAAGCAACUUCCCCCACUGGCGCCAUCCUGACCAAUAAACUUAGCAGAAGUCGGUUCCCUCCCGCCAACUCAAUUGAUUCAUCCCGGGGAAGCUCACCACCACCAAUACCGAUUUGGCCACCGCGCAACCUUUUGCGAGAGAAGGAAGAAUCACUUAAAACUCCCAUUCCUAAAUCCUUGAUUUCCGGCUUGAAUACUAGCUACGUCUGGGAGGGCAGAGAAAGGAUUAAAGAAGGGAAUGUGCCAAAGAUCCAAUGGUCAGGAUUCGAUAAGACGCAUUGGGAGACGGAUUCGGAUCGCACCAAUCGCUUGGAGCGGCAGGGCUGGGUCAGACGUGGAUUCCAACACGUCUGGGAGGGUUACAAAGACAGAGCAUGGGGGCAUGACGAAUUGAAACCAGUGUCAGGAUCCUUCGAAGAUCCAUUCGGGGGCUGGGGUGCAACAAUCGUUGAUUGUAUUGAUACCCUACUUAUAAUGAACUUGACGGUUGAAUACAACUAUGCAAGAACUCAUGUCAAGGCCAUCGAUUGGGCACAAACAGUUGGCCUGCGGGAGGUCAAAAGUUCGGGUUCAUUGUCAAGCAAUCCCAAAGUCUCUCUCUUUGAGACUGUGAUCCGCUAUUUGGGUGGUCUUCUCUCUGCUUAUGACUUAUCCGGGGACAAGUUGAUGCUUGAACGGGCAGAAGAAUUGGCAGAGUGGCUUUUACCUGCGUUUGGGACAUCUUCCGGAGUUCCGGAAACCCAUUACAAAAUAGGCUCAAAUCCCCUCGGGGCAAAGUCUGGAAGGGUUAUGACUGCAGACGUUGGAUCAUUCACUUUGGAAUUCACUAGAUUAAGCCAACUAACAUCAAAGGGAUUUUACUAUGAUGUGGCACACAAGAUAAUUGAUCUAUUGGAUGGGGAUCAGUGGGUCUCUCCCAGCCGGCUGGGCACAUUGUUUCCCACCGUCAUUGAUCCUGACUCUCCCGGAUCACUGAACGCGCAGUACACGUUUGGCGCGAUGGUUGACAGCUACUACGAAUAUCUAAUAAAGCAGCAUCAGUUGUUACGUGGGAUAGACUCGCAGUACAGUAAGAUGUACACUUCUGCAUUGAAGUCUGCUCGCACAUACCUCAUACAAACCUACGAGAUCGAGUCAGCUGGUGGCAAAAACCUGACCGUGAUUGGUGAUUCUCAGUGGGGAAAUUUUGUGCCUUCCCUCAACCACCUCACCUGCUUUUCUGGCGCAACAAUUGGACUAGGAGCUCGACUUUUGGGCAAGAAAGAAGACCUGGAUCUAGCCCUGAAGCACGCAGAUGCUUGCGUCUGGGCGUAUGAAUCGACCAAAACUGGACUUGGCGCAGAGGAGAUGACACUUGUUGACACGAAUGAUUCCUGGAGAUGGCAACCAGUCCUCUACAAAGGCAAGAUUUUUCGCGAGUUGAAACCAGAACCAGUACGGGGUGCCACACUCCGCGAUCCUUCCUAUCUUGGCCGACCAGAGACAAUCGAGUCGGUAUACUACAUGUGGCGGAUAACUGGUGACCAACAAUGGCAAGACAGGGGAUGGAGGAUGUUUACGAGUUGGAUGGAAGCCUGUGUGACUGAUUUUGGUUUCGCGAACUUGGAAAAUGUUAAUGUUUGGCCACCCAGAAAGCUCGAUAAGCAAGAGAGCUUCGUCCUAGCUGAGACAUUCAAAUACUACUAUCUUCUAUUUUCCGAUCCGGACUUGAUAUCGUUGGACGAUUACGUGUUCAACACCGAGGCACAUCCAUUGCGAAUUGACAUUCCUGAAAAACCAGUGAAGAGGUAUUGGAACCAACCUGAUGAAUCCCUUGACAAGAUAUUUGAUCCACCAGGGCUAAAAAAUGGCGAACAUGGAUAUGGGACAUUCCUUCAACAAUGGGCUCGGGUUGAUUUGGAUAAACUCAGUCAGGCAGAGCGUCAGGUGUACAGCAGAGUUUUUGGGAUACUAGGAAAAUAG